UUAGAUGCUUUGGUAUAUGACUUGGAUUUUCCUGCCUUAAGAAAAAACAAAAACAUUGAUAACUUCUUAAACAGGUAUAAAGACACGGUAAAUAAAAUGAGAGAUCUGCGCAUGAAAGCUGAAGAUUAUGAAGUGGUGAAGGUGAUCGGUAGAGGCGCAUUUGGGGAGGUUCAGUUGGUAAGGCAUAAAUCCUCAAGGAGAGUGUAUGCUAUGAAGCUUCUGAGCAAAUUUGAGAUGAUCAAAAGAUCAGAUUCUGCAUUCUUCUGGGAAGAAAGGGAUAUUAUGGCUUUUGCUAAUAGUCCCUGGGUUGUUCAGUUAUUUUACGCAUUCCAAGAUGACCGUUACCUUUACAUGGUGAUGGAAUACAUGCCUGGUGGGGACCUUGUGAAUUUAAUGAGCAACUACGAUGUUCCAGAGAAAUGGGCAAGAUUUUAUACUGCUGAAGUUGUACUUGCGUUAGAUGCAAUUCACUCAAUGGGUUUUAUACACAGAGAUGUGAAGCCUGAUAAUAUGCUGCUAGAUAAAGCUGGUCAUUUGAAACUAGCAGAUUUUGGUACUUGUAUGAAGAUGAAUAAGGAAGGUAUGGUACGAUGUGAUACGGCUGUGGGAACACCAGACUAUAUCUCUCCUGAAGUAUUGAAGUCCCAGGGUGGUGAUGGUUACUAUGGGCGAGAAUGCGACUGGUGGUCAGUCGGAGUCUUUUUGUAUGAGAUGCUUGUAGGUGAUACACCUUUUUAUGCAGAUUCUUUGGUUGGAACAUACAGUAAGAUUAUGAAUCAUAAGAACUCCCUUACUUUCCCUGAUGAUAAUGAGAUUUCUAAAGAGGCUAAAAACCUUAUUUGUGCCUUUUUAACGGAUAGGGAAGUGAGGCUAGGACGAAAUGGCGUAGAAGAAAUUAAACGACAUCUUUUCUUUAAAAAUGAUCAAUGGGCUUGGGAAACUCUCAGAGACACUGUAGCACCAGUUGUGCCUGACUUAAGUAGUGACAUUGACACUAGUAAUUUUGAUGAUCUGGAAGAAGACAAAGGAGAGGAAGAAACAUUUCCCAUACCAAAAGCAUUUGUAGGCAACCAGCUUCCUUUUGUGGGAUUUACGUACUACAGCAACCGUCGGUAUUUAGCUGUCUCGGCAGAAAAUUCCAAUGAUAACAGAACAGGCUCCAGUGUGGACAAAAGUGUGCUUGAAAAUAUGCAGAAGGUGAUCUAUGAGUUGGAAGAACAACUACAUAAUGAAAUGCAGCUGAAAGAUGAAAUGGAGCAAAAAUGCAGAUCUUCAAACAUAAAGCUAGACAAGAUAAUGAAAGAACUGGAUGAAGAGGGAAAUCAGAGAAAGAACUUGGAAUCAACAGUGUCUCAGAUUGAGAAGGAAAAGAUGGUAUUGCAACAUAAGAUAAAUGACUACCAAAGGAAAAUUGAACAAGAGAAUGAAAAAAGACGGAAUGUGGAAAAUGAAGUGUCCACACUAAAAGAUCAGCUGGAAGACUUGAAAAAAAUCAGCCAGCAUUCACAAAUGACAAAUGAGAAGAUAACACAGUUACAAAAACAACUAGAAGAAGCAAAUGAUUUGCUGAGGACAGAAUCAGAUACAGCAGCAAGACUGAGAAAGGGUAACACAGAAAUGAGCAAGUCAUUAAGUCAGGUAGAAUCACUGAAUAGAGAACUGCAGGAAAGGUGCAGAGUUCUAGAAAGCACCAAACUGCAGGUGGAGAAGGAUUAUUACCAACUGCAAGCAGCUUUGGAGUCGGAACGAAGGGACAGAAGCCAUGGAUCUGAAAUGAUCGGAGAACUACAGGUUCGGAUUACAACUUUACAAGAAGAAGUAAAAAAUGUUAAAAACAAUCUUGAAAGAGUCGAAGCGGAAAGAAAACAAGCACAGGAUAUGCUUAAUCAUUCAGAAAAGGAAAAGAAUAACUUAGAGAUAGAUUUGAACUACAAACUCAAAUCAUUACAAGACCGGUUAGAACAGGAAGUAAAUGAACACAAAGUGACUAAAGCUCGGUUAACUGACAAACAUCAGUCAAUAGAAGAGGCAAGAUCAGUUGCAAUGUGUGAAAUGGAAAAAAAAGUAAAGGAAGAAAGGGCAGCAAGAGAAAAGGCAGAAAAUCGAAUAGUUCAAGCUGAAAAACAGUGUUCCAUGCUGGACUUUGACCUGAAGCAAUCUCAACAGAAACUGGAACACCUUCUUGAGCAAAAGGAAAGACUGGAAGAUGAAGUAAAGAAUCUAACACUUCAUCUAGAACAAGAGACUAAUAAGCGAAUAAUGGCACAGAAUGAACUCAAGGCACAAGCUUUUGAAGCCGAUAACUUGAAGGGUUCCGAGAAGCAGCUGAAACAGGAAAUCAAUACAUUGUUGGAAGCAAAGAGAUUACUGGAAUUUGAGUUGGCUCAACUUGCUAAACAGUACAGAGGAAAUGAAGGUCAAAUGCGUGAGCUUCAGGAUCAGCUUGAAGCUGAGCAGUAUUUCUCGACACUUUACAAAACUCAGGUUAAGGAACUGAAAGAGGAAAUUGAUGAAAAGAAUAAAGAAACUCAAAGAAAAAUGCAGGAAUUGCAAAAUGAAAAAGAAACGCUCACUACCCAGUUGGAUUUAGCAGAAACCAAAGCUGAGUCAGAACGGCUGGCACGAGCACUCCUUGAAGAACAGUAUUUUGAACUGAGUCAGGAAAGCAAAAAAGCAGCAUCAAGACACAGGCAAGAAAUGGCUGAUAAGGACAGCAUCAUAAGAAGGCUGGAAGAAACUAAUAACACAUUAACCAAAGAUGUUGAUUUAAUAACAAAGGAAAAUUCAGAGAUCAGUGAAAAAAUUAAGAAACAGGAGGAAGAAUACAGAAUGAAAAAAGAGGAGGAAAUCAAUAAUAUUAGAAUGCAUUAUGAGAAGAGCAUCAACACUGAAAGAACUCUGAAGACACAGGCUGUCAACAAACUUGCUGAGAUAAUGAAUCGGAAAGAUUUUAAAAUAGACAGAAAGAAAGCUAACAUGCAAGAUUUGAGGAAGAAAGAGAAGGAAAACCGAAAGCUCCAAUUAGAACUUAAUCAAGAAAAAGAGAAAUUCAAUCAAAUGGUAGUGAAAUACCAAAAGGAGGUCAAUGAAAUGCAAGCGCAACUAGCAGAAGAAUCUACAUACAGGAAUGAGCUCCAGAUGCAGCUGGAUAGUAAAGAGAGUGACAUAGAACAACUACGAAGGAAAAUUUUGGACCUCCAGCAAGGAAUGGAUUCUACCAGUGUUGCUAGUCUCCAGUCAGAUGAAACAGAUGGAAAUCUUUCAGAAUCAAGACUUGAAGGUUGGCUUUCAAUACCAAACAAAGGAAAUAUAAAGCGGCAUGGCUGGAAGAAACAGUAUGUUGUGGUGAGCAGUAAAAAGAUACUGUUCUACAAUGAUGAAAAGGACAAGGACCAGUCUAAUCCAUCUAUGGUACUAGAUAUAGAUAAGCUGUUCCAUGUCCGGCCUGUAACUCAAGGAGAUGUAUAUAGAGCUGAAACUGAAGAAAUUCCUAAAAUAUUCCAGAUCCUUUAUGCUAAUGAAGGGGAAUGCAGGAAGGAUUUGGAGGUAGAACCAGUACAGCCAGCAGAGAAGACAAAUUUUCUAAAUCACAAAGGCCAUGAAUUUAUUCCCACAUUAUACCACUUUCCAGCUAACUGUGAGGCCUGUGCCAAACCUCUUUGGCAUGUCUUUAAACCCCCUGCUGCCCUAGAAUGUCGAAGAUGCCAUGUGAAGUGCCACAGAGACCACUUGGAUAAAAAGGAAGAAUUAAUUGCGCCAUGCAAAGUGAGUUACGAUGUAACUUCAGCAAGAGAUAUGUUGUUAUUGGCAUCCUGUCAAGAUGAACAGAAGAAGUGGGUGACUCAUUUAGUAAAGAAGAUCCCUAAGACACCACCAACUACUUUUGUUCGUGCUUCUCCUAGAACUAUGUCUACCAGAUCCUCAGCAAAUCAGUCAUUCCGAAAAGUUGUUAAAAAUACUUCUGGAAAAACUAGCUAACCACACGUACAGUGCAUAAUGGAAUCUCAUGGGAUGCGGUCUGAGAAACGGGGCUUUUUUUAACCACACAGAGCAGUGCAGACGGGCGGUUGUUCCUUUCAACAUAACUAUCACAGGCUUCAGGGUUAAGAUUGCUAUUACUGUCUCCUCCUUGCUUUGGCACAAAAGCACGCUGAGGGUGUUUAAUUGCGGGUUUGCCUAAAGGUAGAUUAGAUUAAUUAUUACUAUGUAAUGCAAGUUAAAGCAAAUAAAGCUUAGCUAGGUGUAUAAAAAAAGGUGCUGCCUUUUUGGAUUUUUUUAAAAAAAGCCUGUCAAUCACAAUGAAAUGCAGCCAACUUUCUUCAUAUCAGUGAAAGAAAAGGACUGUUUACCCUGUGAAGGGGAUAUUUAUGUCAAGAUGAGCAUAUGAAACGGAGUAGAGGAGGAAGGUUUCUCAGUGAGAAGGACUGCAAUUGCUUUCAAGACUCGAAGUUGUGCUCUUGAAGACUGCAGAACUAGCUUAAAAAUGAAGCCUUAUCACUUGAACUUCAGUGCCUUCACUGCAGAGUUCGUAACGGCCUUCAUGCUAACCACCCACUAUGGAAUGGAUCAGUGUUAAAUAUUUUGCAUUAUGCUUUACAAAAUACUGAUUCAGCAGGUUUGUAAAGGGGGGGAAACAAGUAAUUGCCUUUAACCUAUGCAUUUUUGCCAAGCCAUACCGAAUUAUUUUACUAUUAGAGGCAUUAGAAACUAACAGUAAAAAGAACCACCAAGUUUGGAAGCGUAUUUUGGGGUACAUCAUUUCUAUA